AUGAUUAAAGAUAACAACGAAAUUGUUCCACUAAUGGGCAAGAAAACAAACCCUCCUGGAAUUCCCCCUGCAAACCAGCAAGAGAAAAAGGUGACUGAAGGCACUCCCACCAAGAAAAGUUCCCACUUUUUCCUGGAGAUUGAUGGUUUUGAAAGCAAUGCCACUCCCAGUAACACCUCUCCCCCCGUGUUUUCCAAGCCCAUGGAUUCAAAUAUUCGCCCGUGUGCAUCUGGAAAUGGGGAAGACAUGGAUUCCCCACAGUCUCUUCAGGAUGAUGCCACUGAAUACAGCCCUAACGUGGACAGCUGCGGUGCUAACACCUCCCAAGGCCCCGAGCUGAGGAGUGCCAGGAAGAAGCUGAAGAGGAAUCUGUUCCGGGCAGUGUCCGAAGGGAACGUGGAGGAGCUGCAGCGGCUGCUGGCGGAGCUGAAGGAGAGAUCGAGUGCCUGCAGCAGCCUGCCAGGGCCAGACUACCUGAUGAAAAAAUUCACAGCUUCAGACACUGGCAAAACUUGUCUGAUGAAAGCUCUGCUGAACAUCAACGAGAACACAAACGAGAUAGUGAACAUGCUCCUGUCCUUUGCAGAGGAAAAUGGCAUUUUGGAGAGAUUUAUCAAUGCAGCAUACACAGAAGAGGCAUAUAAAGGCCAGACAGCUCUAAAUAUUGCCAUUGAGAGGAGACAGUAUGAAAUCACCCAGAGCCUCAUAGAAAAAGGAGCUGAUGUCAAUGCUCACGCCCAGGGUAUUUUCUUUAAUCCCAAACACAAGCAUGAAGGCUUUUAUUUUGGUGAGACUGCCCUGGCUUUAGCAGCAUGUACCAACCAGCCAGACAUAAUUGAGCUGUUAAUGGACAAUGCCAGGACCAAUAUUUCCUCUCAGGAUUCCAGAGGAAACAAUAUCCUGCAUGCAUUAGUUACAGUGGCAGAGGAUUCCAGAACACAGAAUGACUUUGUGAUCAGAAUGUACGACAUGAUUCUGCUGAAAAGUAAAGACAGAAAUCUGGAAACAACCAAGAAUAAGGAGGGUUUGACACCACUGCAAUUAGCUGCAAAAACUGGCAAAUUAGAGAUUCUGAAAUACAUCCUGAGCAGAGAGAUCAGAGAGAAGCCAAACAGGAGCCUGUCAAGAAAAUUCACAGACUGGGCUUAUGGUCCUGUUCAGUCUUCUCUGUAUGAUCUGACAGAGCUGGAUACCACUGCUGACAACUCAGUGCUGGAAAUCACCUAUUUAUAUUAAAAAAAUACUCAGAAUCGUCACGAAAUGCUGACUUUGGAGCCUCUGAACUCACUCCUGAGGAUGAAAUGGAAGAAGUUUGCACGGCACAUGUUUUUCAUGUCCUGCUGUUUUUAUUUCCUGUACAAUGUAACGUUAACAUUGGUUUCCUACCACAGGCCUAAUGAAAAUGAAGCUCCUCCUUAUCCACUGGCUCUGACUCGAGGAGUGGGGUGGCUGCAGUUGUCAGGACAGGUGAUGGUUAUGUUAGGAGCAAUAUUUUUAGCCAUAAAAGAGAGUGUGGCCAUCUUCCUGCUCAGGCCCUCAGACCUGCAGUCGAUUCUCUCUGAUGCCUGGUUCCACUUUGCAUUUUUUAUACAAGCUUUGCUUGUGAUCUUCUCUGUCUUUUUGUACUUGUUUUCCUACAAAGAACACCUGGUGUGUCUUGUUUUGGCAAUGGCCCUUGGCUGGGCCAAUAUGCUCUAUUUCACCAGAGGUUUCCAGUCCAUGGGCAUUUACAGUGUGAUGAUUCAAAAGGUCAUCCUGCAAGAUGUGAUAAAGUUUUUAGUUGUCUAUAUCGUGUUUUUGCUGGGAUUUGGCGUAGCUCUCGCUGCCCUGAUCGAGACGUGCCAGGAGGGUGGGGAAUGCCGUUCCAACAGCAGCCUGGGACCCGUCCUGAUGGAUCUUUUCAAGCUCACCCUUGGACUGGGGGACCUGGAGAUCCAGCAGAACUCCAAGUACCCUGUCCUGUUUCUCCUGCUCCUCAUAACUUUCGUCGUGCUGACGUUUGUUCUUCUCUUGAACAUGCUGAUUGCAUUAAUGGGAGAAACCGUGGAGGAUAUUUCUAAGGAGAGUGAGCACAUCUGGAAACUCCAGAGAGCCAGGACUAUUUUGGAAUUUGAAAAAUUCUUACCAAAAUGCCUGAGGAAAAAAUUCCAGCUGGGAGAACGGUGUAAAGUGGCUGAAAAUGACACCAGGGUGUGUUUAAGGAUUAAUGAAGUGAAAUGGACCGAGUGGAAAACCCAUGUUUCAUUUAUUAAUGAAGAUCCAGGGCCAACAGAUCCAAGCAAAAUUCAAGAUAAUUCAAGAACUAAUAGCAAAAACACCCUGAAUACGUUUGAAGAAAUGGAUGAUUUGCCUGAAACUUCUGUUUAG